AUGAGACGUUUCCCUUUGCCAACUGGGUUGACAGCGCCAGUUUUUAAACAUGCAUCAAUGCUAUCCAAAGUUAGAGACCGUAAAAAAUUAUUCAAAAAGACAACUCAACAUGCUGAAGGAACAAUUACUCCCAAUAAACAAAUGCAACUGCCAUUCUUUAAAACCAGUAUUACAAAAUGUCGAAUUACUGAGUUAGUGUUUAAUUACAUAGUUGAAGAAAUGAGACCUAUUGUUUGUUGUGAAAAACCGUCAUUUCGUCGUUUCAUUCAAGGGCUAACUGGCAUUACUGAUUCAACURUACUUCCUAACCAUAAGAAUAUAUCAAAAAUAUUACAAGUGAAGUAUGACAAUUAUGUAUCCAUGUUGACUAAUUUAAUUGAGAAACAGAAACACAUCUGUUGUACAGUGGAUAUAUGGAGUGCCAAUAAUAAGAGCUUUAUGGGAAUGACAUGUCAUUUUAUCGAUGAAUUUUCAUAUAAACGGUCUUCAUAUGUCUUAAKUUGUAAGMGAAUAAAAGGUAGCCAUAAUUAUUUGAACAUUAAUGAUGUAAUAACUGACAUUUGUGAUGCUUAUCAAAUUAAAAGUUCUAAAAUCACCCAUAUUAUAACCGAUAAUGCUAGUAACUUUGGCAAAGCAUUCCGCACAUUUUCAAAAAGCUCAACAAUUGAAUCCGAUCCUUAUGUAGGUAACUUAGACGAGUUAGACACUGAUGAAGAUACACAAAUUGAUAGUGAUAAUGAAAACAAUCUGUCCAGUCCUAUUGAUAUUGAAUAUGUUGAUGUUGGUCAGUUGCUUUAUAAAUCAAAUAGUUCUGAUUGUACUAAUUUUAGUUUGCCUGAUCACCUGACCUGCUGUGCCCAUACUUUGAACUUAAUAGCCACUACUGAUGUAGCAAAAAUAACCGAUAAAAACUAUAUAAAUAUUUCCAAACAAGUUUUUAGUAAAUUAAGUUCAUUUUGGAAUCUAUUAAGUAGAAGUACUGGGGCAUCAGAMAAAGUUUUUGAUAUUUGCAAAAUUAAAUUUCCUGUGCCAAUAAUGACUAGAUGGAACUCCACGUUUGAUGCGAWUCAAAAAGUAUUAUUGUUUAGAGAGAAGCUUACUUUUGUAUUUUUAGAAUUAAAAUUAGCUAAAUUGAAGAAUACAGAAUGGGGAGAAAAACGUAAUUAUUUAGGCUUUGUUGCMCCMACCAUUAUUAUUUUGAGGCGUUUAUUAAUUGAGUUAUCAUUGUUAACAUAUUGUAGCCCUUUAAAAUAUUGCGUUAUUGCUAGUCUUGAAAAAAGAUUCAGUUAUUUGUUCGACUUGAGUUCUCCAAAAAGUAAAAGUUUUAUUAUAUCAUCUAUGAGCCAUCCAUUAUUUAAAUGUAGUUGGAUUCCACUYAGGUGCAUAGAUUUGUGUAAAGAACUUUUCAUAAAUGAAUGCAAAUUAACAAAUUCUGGUUCUGAAUGUUCUGAUUUAUAUGAAAAUCCUAUUUCUGAUAACAGUGAUAGUGAUACUGAAWUUUAUAGAAAUGUUUUUUCAUCACAAAAUAGUUCUUCAAAUGGUGAACUAUCCACCAAUGCAGAUUCGGCCCUUAGAAAUUCUAACUUGUCUAGUGUUGAAGCCUUAUCUUUUUUGAAUUCAAAAGUUAAAGAGCUAAAUAUAUUGGACUCAUUCCCAGUAGUUAAACAAGUAUUUAUGAAAUUCAAUACAUCCAUUCCCUCUUCAGCGCCAGUUGAAAGACUUUUUAGUGGGGCUAUCCAAAUCUUAACUCAUAGACGUAAUCGUCUUAGUGAUGAACAUUUUGAUAUGCUUCUGUGUUGUAGAUGUUAUUUGCAACAAAAUAGUCUUACUUAA